GAUACAAUCUUUAGGGUGACUGAUAUUCCCACUCUCAUAUAGCUAGAGCUAUCUACCCAGGCAAAAAUAGAAAAGGGUUUUAAAUUAAAGAGACUUCUGUAUUCUCUCUUUCUUAUUCUCUUUCAUUCACUACUUCUUUCUCCUCCUCCCUCUCUCUCUCUCUCUCUCUCUCUCUCUCUCUCUAUGAGAGAGACUUUUGAAGGGAGAGACAAAAGAUCAUAGCUAGCUAGAAAGCAGAAGCAGCAGCUAGCCAUGAAAAACACCAUCAGGUGCUGCAUCUCUUGCAUUCUACCAUGUGGAGCUUUGGACGUGAUUCGAGUCGUACACUCUAACGGCAGAGUCGAGGAAAUCAGCGGCACAAUCCGAGCCAGCGAGAUCAUGAAGGCGUACCCUAAGCACGUCCUCAAGAAGCCCUCCUCGUCCGCGUCCGAUCACGACGGGGUCGUCCCCAAGAUCGUGAUCGUUCCUCCAGACGCGGAACUCCAACGCGGCAAGAUUUACUUCCUCAUGCCUAUGCCUGCUUCUUCGAACACGUCUGAAAAGGCGGGGAGGACAAGAUCGUCGUCGGCAAAGAAGAAGCGGAUUAAAGACGCCGAAAACAACAACAUCACAAACAACAGCGUCGCCAUCACCAACCUGUUGAUAAAUGAUCGGUACUUGAGCGAAAUACUGUCGGAAAAGCAUUCGUCGCAGCGGGAUCGGCGGCGAGGACGUGUUGGGGUUUGGAGGCCGCACUUAGAGAGCAUUUGUGAGUCACCAAGUGAUGUGUAAUAUUGGCGGAUUUUCAUUUUUUCGAUCUUCUUCUUCUUCUCAGUUUUAUCAUUUGUCUUAAAGGUUCAUAUAUUUUAGUAGGGUUUGUGCCCAUUCUUUCUUUUUGCUGCCUCUUUUAAUUUCCUUUAUUUUCUGCCUUUUUCUUUGUUUUGUGUUUCUUGUUUUGUAUAUAUAUGAAAAAAUAGGGAAAGAAGAAAUAAUAUACAAACAACUUCUAUGA